GAUGUCCGCUUCAACGCGAUGAUCGACUCGAAAGUUUAUUAGCACAGUUACAGUUCAUUAUUUUGCACUGAAUUUGCAGGACUUAUUUAGAAAAUUUUCCGCUCAAUUUGAGAUCUCUAUAAACUCUAUUGCAUUCUCAAAGUUUUUCACAAGAUGUUUAGAAAGCCCCAAAAGAAGAAUCUGCGCCAGAGACAAGAUGACGAGUUGUUGGAACCUGAAGAGCCCAUGGAAAUUGACGCUGUCGAAGUGACGACGAUAAAGAAAGAGAAAAAGAAAAAGAAGGAGAGCGAGAAUGACGAAAAAUCAAAGGCAAAAAAUACUCUCCUGAGCUUUGAAGAGGAUCUGCUUGACGACGAUGGGGAAGUUUUUCAAGUUCGCAAAUCCUCUCAAAGUAGAAAACUUAUGCGGCAGCUGGACAAGGAAAGGAAGCGGAAAAAGGAAAAGGACAAAGUUUCAAGUAAUGGAACAAGUUUGGCUAAAGUGAAACAAGAACCAAAUACCCCUGAAGAUGAGGAAGUUCCUGUCAUCAAGCAGAUCCCACUGAAGAAAGAGAAGCCACUGAUCUUAAGUGGGCGGGAGGCAGAAUUUGCUGUUGAGAGAUCUGACAGCGAGGAUGAUGAUGACAAAGACCAUCCAAAAUUCUCUCGGCCAAAGAAACUCCAACAUGUCCUUGAUAGCGGCUGCAUUCCAGACGCAGCAAUGAUUCAUGCUGCCAGAAAGUCGAGGCAAAAGGCCAGAGAACUGGGUGAUUUCAUUCCAAUUGAUGAGAGUAAAACUGAAGGGGCUGGUUCCCGUUUAGUGAGAGAUGAAGAAGAAGACCAUGACAUAAGUGACGAUGAACAUGGUGAAGUUGCCAGAGGGGAAAACAAAAGAAUCGAUUUCACAGUUGAUACCACAGCAAGAGAUCAGGAGCGCAGAAGAGAGGCAUUUUUUGCAGCUCAAGAGCAAGAGCCUAGUGAUCAGCAUAGCGAUCUUGACGAUGAUGAGGUAGAAAACUGGGAAGCGCAGCAAAUUAGAAAAGCCGUUUCAGGAGCACAGCUUGCUGCAGCUCAGCAAGAAGUGAUGCAACAGCAAGGCUUGAUACAGCACCCCCCGUUUGUGCAGCUCCAUCCACUAGCCAUCCAACCCACCCCCACCCUGUCCCUGACGGACGGACCUGCAACCGAACAAGUUUUGUCUCAAAUGCUCUCCAAAGCCGAAGCACACACUCCUGAAGAAUUGUGUCGUCUCCUCCGCGACAGGUUGUGUACGCUGAAAGAAACGCAGCGCCGGCACAGUGUGGAGCGUGGCAACCUGCUGCUGGAGAUGGAGGACAUGGAGAAGAACUCGGAAAAAAUUGUUUCCAACGGGCCCGAGCGCUCAAAUCGCUAUCAGUUCUACCAAAAUUUGCGUGGGUAUGUCACAGACUUGGUAGAAUGCUUUGACGAGAAGGUGCCCGAAUUGGACCAGCUUGAGCAAAGGUUUAUCAAUGUGUUAAAAAAGAAGAGUAACUUCCUUGUGCAGCGAAGAAGACAAGACGUCAUGGAUCAGGCUACAGAUGCUGCUGCAAAAACAAGAUCGGUGGGAAUGCCAGCGCCAAUAAUCGAGCACGAUGAAAACCGAGUGAGGAGAGCUGCCGAACGUGAAGGGCGUCGAUCCAGAAGGCGAAGAGCUAGAGAAUCAACUCUGCCUGCCACUGACACUGUGAAUUCCAUAAAUCUGGUUCGCCACUACGAAGGACUUUCCUCUGAUGAUGAGCAGUCGGAACUUGAAUUAUCGGCAUACAAUAAGGAAAUUGAGCAAAUUGCUGAUGAAGCGAAGCUUUUGUUUGAAGAUGUUGAGGAAGAAUUCCAUGAAAUGCAUCUUAUUUUGAGGCAUUUUAGAGAAUGGAAAGAGUUUGAAAUCGACUCUUAUAAAGAAGCUUAUGUGAAUUUGAGUUUACCCAAAAUAUUUGCUCCUUUGGUUCGGCUAACUCUGAUUUCAUGGAAUCCUCUGCAGGAGAAUUCGGUUGACUUUGAGAGCACAGACUGGUUCCAGACACUAGUUAUGUACAGCGUUGAAUCUUCUGCUGAGAAACUAGAAAGCCUCAAAAGUGACCCAGACUUCCACUUGGUACCUUUGGUGAUCGAAAUUGCAGUGUUGCCUCGUUUAGCAAAAAUAAUGAUGGAUGUUUGGGACCCUUGCUCGUCUUCUCAAACACAACGACUGGCCAUGACCCUGAGGAAGAUUCUCUCCGACUAUCCAAAACUGGCCACCAGAGGCCGAGUUUCUAAAACAGUCUUGCCAGUUGUCGUCAGCAAGAUGAAAGAAGCAAUUGAUAAUGAUGUCUUUAUCCCGAUCUACCCGUCAAAAACUGCGUCCGCCAUUGGCCAGUUUUUCCAACGGCAAUUCUGGGCUGCGUUUAAGUUGCUGAAGAAUGUUAUUGCUUGGAGAGGGAUUAUUGGUGACACCACCUUGCAGGAAAUCUGCAUGGGUGCCCUCUUGGGACGGUAUCUUUUGGCAGCCCUCAGGACGUGUGACCCAAUGGAUGCCUUAGAAAAAAGUCGACAUUUACUGGCCACAAUGCCAAGAUCUUGGUUGAUUCGAGAGCCCCAGUUUGUCCAACUGCAGAUGUUCUCCACUCAAGUAACAAAUAUCAUCAAAGCCAUAGAUGUCACAACUCCUGGCGGAAGGGAUGCCAUGAUGGAAGCAUUGGUAAUACUUAAGUCACUUGGCGCAAAGACAAAAGCGGACGAGUUGGGAAAGAUUUAUCUGUGAAUUCACAACUUUUUUAGUCCACGGAUCUGCUCCAGAUAAUUUUUAAAUAAAUCACGACAAUUGGAUUGGAACCAU